CUGCGUUUGGGUCCUCCCUACCCGUUAGGUGACAGUCAUUUAAAAUCAUUUUCGUCAAUGUAUAGUGGAAAUAUUUUUUAAAAGGGUAUUGUUGUUGGAGUGUCAUUCGCUUGGGGAGGGACAUUGCGAUAAUUGACAUUCGAUGCUUACUUACGUUUUGAUGUUUUAUGGAGUGUUUUGUUGGUUUGGUUGUUUGUUCCAGGAAAUUUGAACUUCAUGUUUAGAAGGAUAUCGUCCCUGGAGUCUAACAUCUGGAUGUGUCAGUGUUUUGAGAAAAUUGUCUUGUAAUUUUAUACGUUUCAUGCUUUAUUCUUGUACUAUAGUUACAAAGGUAUCAUUUUAAAAACGGUCAUUUUCGCGUGACUGCUCAGAUGACACAAUCAUAUGACAGGAAUCCGUAGGAAACUGUUAGUCGUCUCUGCGCAUGCGGACAGCCGGACACCUUUCCUGGUUCAGUCUAAUGAAAACAUUUUUGUGAGGAUGGCGGAGCCUGUUACUGGCAGUGAGGAGAUACCAGCGGUGACUGAGAAUGAUGCAGAUGCAACAUCUGAGGAGUUGGAGAACAACCAGACCAACGCAAUGGUGGAGGAAGGCACAAAUCUCUUGAGGAAGAUGGAGAUCAGCGUUGCUGAGGCAGAGAAAAGAAUGGGGAAGAACUCCGUUAACAUCCAGGAGACCUACACAGUUUACCUCAUAGAAACACGACUUUUUUCUUCUGAUAGGCCCAUUGAUGCCGUGGCAGAAGGUCACAACCCAGCCCCUGACUCUGUGUGGAGACGCUACAGUGAAUUUGAGCUUCUGAGGAACUAUUUUCUAGUCACCUUUCCGUUUGUGGUUGUGCCCCCUCUGCCUGAGAAAAGAGCUGAAUUUGUGUGGCACAAGUUAUCCGCAGACAACAUGGACCCAGACUUUGUGGAGAGACGAAGGGUGGGACUGGAGAACUUCCUGCUCCGUGUGGCCUCCCACUCGGUCCUUUCAAACGACAAGAUCUUCUACCAGUUCCUUACGGAGGAAAAUGGAUGGAAAGAGGUGGUGUUUGACACUGGCUUCCAGGCAAAGGCUGAUUCAAGGCUGAAAGCUCUGAAUGCAACCUUCAGGGUAAAAAGUCCAGACAAGCGCUUCGUGGAACUGAAGCAUUACAGCGAUGAGCUGCAGUCUAUCACCUCUCAGCUGCUCAGAGUGCGAGCCAGAGUAGCAGAUCGUCUGUAUGGUGUCUACAAAGUGCACGGAAAUUACGGAAGGGUUUUCAGUGAGUGGAGUGCCAUUGAAAGGGAGAUGGGGGAUGGACUGCAGAGUGCUGGACACCACAUGGAUGCGUAUGCUUCCUCGAUUGACGACAUCCUGGAGGAAGAGGAGCACUAUGCCGACCAGAUGAAGGAGUACCUGUUCUAUGCGGAAGCGCUACGGGCAGUUUGCCGGAAGCACGAGCUGAUGCAGUACGAGCUGGAGACGGCCGCGCUGGACCUGGCCUCCAAGAAGCAGCAGAGGGAGGAGCUAGCCACUGGGACCGUACGGACCUUCUCCUUCAAAGGGAUGACCAAUAAGCUCUUCGGCCAGGAGACCCAGGAGCAGAGAGAGGCCAAGCUCCAGGUGCUAGAGGAGCAGAUCAUCGAGGGGGAGGAGCUGGUCAAAGAGAAGACCAUUGAGUGCGAUGAAUUUGUAAAGAAUGCCUGGGUGGACAUGGUACGUUUCAAGGAGCAAAAAGAUAGAGACUUGAAGGAAGCACUGAUCAGUUACGCCAUCAUGCAGAUCAGUGUGUGUAAGAAGGGAAUUCAAAUGUGGGCCAAUGCUAAGGAAUGCUUCAGCAAGAUGUAAAAUGGUGGUCUGAGUUCAGUCUGAAGCAACCAACCAGCAGAGGAAACGAGGCUUCGGAAUGGAUCUGAGCAACAACCAGAAUGGAAGACUGAAAGACUGAAACCUUGGAAGCUGUUGGAAGAACCAUGGGAAAACCUGUCAUUUGAAAAUAUAUGGCACAUUAAUCAUAGUAUGUUUUUGUUUUUUUUGUUUUUGUUUUUUUGUAAACUGAGCAAAGGCUAUCUUCACAGAAAGUAAUAACAGCUGCUCCGUGACUUGAUUUUCCCUAUAUUAUAUUUAGGCUUUUUUAAAAUUUUUUAUUUUGAAACCGUUUGUGACAUUUUUAUGUGGAACUGACAUUGGUUUGAUGUGCAGGAUUCUCUUGCACCCCCCCCCCCAUUCCUCAGAGUAGAUAACAGCUGACAUUUAGCUCUCAAAACUGUAUUCUCUUGUGAGACAAUGGCUCCCAUUCUGGUGAGUCUACUGGAAAGCACAUCAGUUCAGUUCCUGCAGCUGUCAGUACUGUGUGUGCUGAAUUAUUUAUGGGACCUUAUUUUAACUCAACUCAUGUGAACUCAACACAUGCUCACUAAUUCAGGUAUUAUAUUUUACCAAAUUUUGUGUUGUCUCUCUCUGGUGGCCAUCCAAGGAAUCCUGGGUUUCAAUUUUUUUGUCUAAUUUUUUUUUUAAGGAUACGGUAUAUUGUAGGGUACAUUAUGUACAAUAUAGAAGUUGUUUUUGUUUUUUGUUUAAACAUGCCUCUUCAUCUUCUCCGUGUAGUUCUUUUCAAAAUUUUGUGCUUGAAUAAAUUAUUGUAUUUUUUUUUUUUUUUUUUUUUUGAAGUAAGCUUUAUUUCAUAAGUUAAGAGUAUUGUGAAUUUGGAGCUGCUCACGUUUUGUUUAAACCAUUUUUAGACCAUUGCAUGUCAGGUAAGUGCAAUGUUGCUUUUUAAAUUCAGUUUGAAAUUGUUAGAUUUUCAUUAAACAACCCUCAGGGUGGCAUUAUAUUUAAAAUCUUCCAAAAAGACUAGUUCAAGCACAGUGAGAGUGAGCACUUCAGGAAUUUCGGUGCUUUGCUGAGACAAUUUUGAGGCAGAGGCCAUUUAAUGAACUACAUAAUGUUGCCAGUUUAAACAAAAAAUGUCUCAGAAAUUAAUGAGAGGAGUGGACAAAAGAUGAAGUUUUUUGGAAAUGUAAGAUAGUGGAAUAUGAUGUUUCAUUGUUUAUAGCAUUGUCCCUUGUCACAAGACACAUUGUAAAAAGGCUUAAGAAUGUGAAUAUCACAUUUUGUCAAAGUAGAGGUUUAAACUGUUAAAAUUAGCAGCACUUUAAUGAAAGAGCUUCCAGUUUAAAGAGAGCUGUCAUUGACGGUUAAUGUCCAGAUCCUGUGUUCAGGAUUUAUUUUGCAUCACUGGGUUUUACUGGUCCAACUCUGGGUGAGCUGCAAAGUAAAUAUUGGCAUAGUUUGCUUUUAUCAACAUGUCAACAAAAAAAAAUGUAUAUAUUAAAAGAAAUUUUAAAAUAAAACUCAUUCAAAUGGCCAGCUUUGGCACACCCUUUGUUUGCUGAAAAUGUCGGCCUUCAUUCUGAACCGUUGGUUAAUUUUUGCAAUGAAGGAGCAACCAGCAUUGUAGUUUCUUCUGAGGAAGUGGGUCAGUUUCUGUCUGAAUAACGUGAAGGACUGUGAGGAAAUGUAUAUUGUCAUUUCUGUGUAGAAACUGGCUGGAAGACUAGCUUGGCUCUUUGAUUUGGUUUUAAGUCAUUCUGCUGUCUGAAUUCUACGAUGUCAGAAUGGUUUCUUGGGAGGAAUCAAUAUUUGACAUUUCCUUUGACUUCAGGUUAAUUUUGAACUUGUUGGCAUAAUCAUUGUCCCUGAGCUUUCAAAAACGCUAAUAAAUUAAGAAUGAUUGUAUGAUA